AUGCGUGAGGCGGUGGGGUACCUGCGUCCACUCACCGAGCGCUACGCGGUGGCGCUGCUCAGCAGUGCCAAGAGCGGCUUCUGCAGCGACGCGAAGGGGGCGGAGCUGGCGGUGCUGCAGCUCACCGAUGAGUCGCAGGUGGAGGUGCUCUUCAAGUCUGCGCGCGCCACGUCGGUGUGGCGGGAGGCGUAUACGAAACGACGCAAGGUUGUAUUCAUGCACACGCGCGGCAACAAGUACGAGAAGAUCCAUCGGGAUUUAAGGCACAAGGCCGACUACUUCAUCGGCAGGAGCCUUAGCGAGUCGUCGCGCGUGCCGGAGAACUGGAUCGAUGGCAUGCGCCGCUACGCCGACGAGGUGUGGGCCACCGGCGACUUCUUCAAGAGCGUCUACCGCAGCGCUGGCGUUGAGGCGAGCAAGAUCCACGUCGUGCCGGAGGCCCUCAAUGUACACUUGUACAACCCGCGGUUGUGCACUCAGGAGCUGCCGUCCACGCUGCUCGCCCACGCCUACACGAAUAUGCCGCAGGCCACGCCGGGCGAGGCGCGGCGGCGCUUCCGCUUCCUCGCCGUCAUGAAGUGGGAGUGGCGCAAGGGCUGGGAUGUGCUGCUCGAGGCCUACUGGCGGGCCUUUGGGCCGUCGUCGCCGCUGCACAACGAGGUCUCGCUCUACAUGAAGGUGAAGUGGCUGCCCAAGUACGCCGACGGCAUUAACGACGAGAACAUCGGCAGCUACUUGGCCAAGUGGGCCGCGCGGCUGCCGGGCUUCACAUCGAUGCAGGAUUUCCCGCACCUCGUCGUGAUGAGUGGCGGUAAGUACGUGAGCGAGGAGGAGCUGCGGCGCAUGUACUGCAGCGCCGACGCCUUUGUGCUGCCGACGCGUGGCGAGGGCUGGGGCCUGCCGGCGACGGAGGCGAUGGCGAUGGGCGUGCCGGUGCUCACGACGAAUUGGGGCGGCACCACCGCCUUCAUGGAGCCCAACGCGACGUUCGCCAUCCCCGUCGAUGGCCUUGAGGAGGUGCCGCGGGGGAUGCAUUACGCCGCGUGGCCCGGCAACAAGUGGGCGAUGCCGAGCGUUAAUGGCACCGCGGAGCUGAUGCGAUACGUCGUCCAGCACCGCGAACACGCGCGCGCCGUUGGGCAGCGCGGCCGGCAGCUCAUUGAGGAGAAGUUUAGCGAGGAGGCCGUCGCGGACGUCAUUGACAAGCGCUUAGGGGAAAUUACUAAAAAUAUGAACCACCGAUUCUGGUGA